CGCAGCGAGGAGCCAUGGGCAACAUCUCCUCCAACAUCUCAGCCUUCCAGUCCCUGCACAUCGUCAUGCUGGGCUUGGACUCGGCCGGCAAGACCACGGUGCUCUACCGGCUCAAGUUCAACGAGUUCGUGAACACGGUGCCCACCAUCGGCUUCAACACGGAGAAGAUCAAGCUGAGCAACGGCACGGCCAAGGGCAUCAGCUGCCACUUCUGGGACGUGGGCGGCCAGGAGAAGCUGCGGCCGCUGUGGAAAUCCUACAGCCGUUGCACGGACGGCAUCAUCUACGUGGUGGACUCAGUGGACGUGGACCGGCUGGAGGAGGCCAAGACGGAGCUGCACAAGGUGACCAAGUUCGCCGAGAACCAGGGCACGCCGCUGCUGGUCAUCGCCAACAAGCAGGACCUGCCCAAGUCCCUGCCGGUGGCCGAGAUCGAGAAGCAGCUGGCGCUGCACGAGCUCAUCCCGGCAACCACCUACCACGUCCAGCCGGCUUGCGCCAUCAUAGGCGAGGGCCUCACCGAGGGCAUGGACAAGCUCUAUGAGAUGAUCCUGAAACGCAGGAAGUCCCUCAAGCAGAAGAAGAAGCGGUAAUGCGCCCCGCAGCGUUCUGGAGCGAGGGGGGAGUGAGCGAGUGAGUCAGGCAGGAAUGAAUGGAUGUGCGAGAACCCGCGCCCGCGAACAAAGACAGCGAACCAAAGCGAUGCUUCGAAUUUUUCAAGCGGAGUCUCUGCGCCCAGACGCAGGAUUGGUGACUUAACCUGGGUGCGUAGGCUGACUUGCCAGCCUGCCCUCCACCUGCGCCCACCCGGAGCUCAGGGGACCUUUUGUCUGAACGCCGGAGCUCCCUAAUGGGGUGGGAGGCCGCCCCGGGGAGUGGACGUGCAGGGGCUGCCGGCCGCCCUCCCCGCCCAGGUGGCAGGCUCAGAUGUCAGAGACAAAAGCGAUUUCUUCCUACUCCAGCAGGGCCAGAAGUUCAGGCUGCCCCGCCCUCACCUGCGCGUUACCUGAGGUAUGCAACUCCCAGAACCCCGGGAGUCCCCAUCGGGGGGCAUGCUGGCUGCGGGAGGUGCUGGGGGGACAGCCCCUCCUUGCAUUCACGGGCAGUGGAAGCUGGAUGAGCUGAUGUCACAGGGCCGGCCCCUGUUGAAAUUUCACUUGUUCUGCCCUGGGCCCUGAGGAGGCGGUGUUUGGGGCCGUUGGAGGACUGCCGGGAACAAUACGCAGCCCCAGGGCCCGGGACGCUGCGCUGGCCUUGGCUGGGGAAUGGCCGCGAGGAUGCGCCUUUCCUGGUGAUCUGUGGUGGCUACGGAACCAGUUUUUGUUGACAACCGCUUUUCAGCCUGGAAUCAGACAUCAUCCAGAUGGCUUGGACCCUGUUCAUGUGCAGGUCAUUAUCACACAGAGACCAAUAAAAAUUAAAAAAAAAAAACCCACAAAAAACAACUAUUGGAGGUGGUGGCAAAUGAUGCAUUUACUGUUGGCAGGAUCGUUAAAGGGGUUUAAAGGGUAAGGCUCGGGAUGUGAAUGCGAGGUGGAUGGGCGCGUGUGGAUGCGGGGACCUCCCUCUGUACGGUGUCAUUGGUGUAACUAGACCUGUGUGUGUGGAAUCCGAAAUUCUCUUAGCCUGCUGAUCGGCCUGUGUCAGCGUCCCAGCCGCAGAUGUGUGCUGAAUUGCAAGGUGGUUUUAUUGCUAGGGAUGUCUCCUCGUACGCUUGAUGACGGGUUUUGGUUUUCAGACAUGUUUAAAAAAAAAAACCAAAAAACUACAAAUGAAUACUCACCUUAGAAAUAUUCACCGUAGGGGGGGAAAAAAAGACUUUGCUUUGCCCUUUUCUAUCCUUUUAUGCUGCAAGUGGUGACAUGUUCCAAUUUCUAAUUGGGUUCGUGGUGGUCUACCUGGUUUCAGUAUUUCAUUUAAAAAAAAAUCUCAUUAGAGUUAUUUCAUGUCAUGCACCAAAAAAUAAAACCCCACCUUGUUGUAAAAGCUGACCUUGUUGCAUGGAUUUGAAAGCGCAGGAAAAGCACCGGAAUGAGGUCCUUCCUCAUCCCUUCUCGUGGGAACUGGCCUGCAUAGCAAAUGCAAACCACAGUGAGGCCCGAGCUGAAAAGCAAGCGCGUGACGUCAUGGCUGCCUGUACUCGGGCACCUGACAGUGUACUUGAAGGAGGCUUUGGACAUUAAAGUGAAAGAAUAGAUAUUUUUAAUAAUGGAAUUUAAAUAAAUCCUUUAUAAUCAGGACUGAGUCUUGGUUUGCAGAGGCUGUCACUGACCCUGAAACGCAGGAUCACAAGGGAAACGUAAGCUCACUGUUGGAUUUUUAUUUCCUCUUUGAAUUGUGUGCUCCCCCGCCCCCGCUGUUAUAAACUAAUUCAUGAAGGAGGCCUAUAGAAGUCGGGCAUGAUCACACGAAAGCUUGUGAGUUAGUCAAAUGACAAAUUCAUGCCCCUUGUCCACUGCAUUUGGAAAAUUAAUUUAUGAACCAGAGGUAGAAUUCCUGGCUUCCUGCUUGAAAGCCAGUUCUUAGAUGAGGUAUUUUCAAAGAAGAACCCUAGCAGCCCAUCCUCCUUUCUCUUCUGUCGGCGUGUGGGGUACCCCUCCAAUGGUGGUCUUUUUGGUAGAGACUCAGUUGAGAAAAUAGAGCUCAGCAGUGUUGAAAAACCUGCAAGGUUUCAGCUUGCCUAUCGACAGCAUAUUCACUGAUUUCUAAAUGGGCUGGUCCCAUCACCUGAAGAUUCUGUAUAGAAUUAUUAAAAAAAAAAAUCCAUCCUCUUUAUUUUCUUCACAUGCGACAAUUUCUAAGCACUUUGCCAUUUUGGUAGUUUCCACGCUAUUGAGAGAAUAAUAUAUUUAUUUUGUGACAUUGCAGAUGCCAAAUACUGUAACCUUCUCGUGCUCACAGUUAAGUUUAAGGUCAGUGUUCACAUCCUGCCGUGCUUUACAAAUGAUGCGAAAUGACUUUGGGUUUUUUUUUUUUUUUUGCAUUAACAGGACUGAAGGGGUGCAGUCAGCCGUUAGUAACUGUCUAGUAAAGUACAACCCUGUGGUGUCGUAACGAAUAGUUAGGAGUCUCAGCUGAUUUCUGUGACGUUUCACCUAAUACUAGCCCAUUUCAUCCCUGACCAAACAGGAAGCAUAAGCCCCAGCACCACCUUGCAGGGGUAGCGGGGGUCCCUUCCAGCGCAGCAGGCAUUGGUCAAUGACGUCUCCUGCCCUUGGGCGCACGGAUGGGUGUCACACGAGGGAAGUGGGCCUCCCCACAGGCGCUUUGGACAUGUUUUCUGACAGACACAGGGAGGCCAGCUUUGUUUUGGGACAACUCUCUUCACCCAUUCUCUGUCAAGGUGUUGGGACAAUGUCUCCUGGUUUGUUUUCGUUCCUCCUGCUAUAAUUCUGUCUUGACCACCCUCCUCUUCUG